AUGGCCGAGCGGUAUAACAUCCACUCUCAGUUGGAGCACUUGCAGUCCAAGUACAUCGGCACCGGUCACGCGGACACAUCCAAGUAUGAAUGGCUGGUCAAUCAGCACAGGGACACCAUCGCCUCAUACCUCGGUCACUACGAUCUCUGCAACUUCUUCGCCAUCGCCGAGAAUGAGACCAAACAGCGGAUCAAAUUCAAUCUGAUGGAGAAAAUGAUACAACCGUGUGGUCCGCCUCCUGACAAACACGAGGACUAG